CCCACAAAUUUAUCGUCAAAGAUGUGUAUAAACUGAGCGUAUUCCCCUAUUUAUACACUCAAAAGGGUCUCUGAUUUUGCAUUUCGUUUCCCGAAUCGAGUUGUAAUCGCUUGCACCGCCCAAUGACUCGCCGGUGCUCGCAUUGCAGCAACAAUGGGCACAACUCUCGCACGUGCCCCACGCGCGGCGGAGGAGGGGGCUCCCCCGUCGCCGCUGUGAAGCUGUUCGGCGUGCGUCUGACGGAUGGGUCGAUCAUCAAGAAGAGCGCGAGCAUGGGGAACCUGUCGGCGUUGGCCGCGGCUGCGGCGGCGCAACACCACCACCAUUUGCCGUCGUUCCCGACCGCGUCGAUGAAUAGAGAUUCGCCGUUGUCGGGUCAAGUGCGUGACGCGACCCAUCGGACCGAUGGGUACUUAUCCGAUGACCCGGCUCAUGGUUCCGGGUCUUCUCACAGACGAGGGGAGAGGAAGAAAGGUGUUCCGUGGACAGAGGAUGAGCAUAGGCUAUUCCUUGUCGGCCUUCAAAAACUUGGUAAAGGAGAUUGGCGUGGUAUAUCAAAGAGCUAUGUCACCUCGAGGACUCCUACACAAGUGGCUAGUCAUGCUCAGAAGUAUUUCAUCCGGCAAAGCAGUUCCAGCCGCGUGAAAAGGCGUUCUAGCCUUUUCGAUAUGGUGACAGAUGAUAUGGUCAUCGAGGCACUGCCAGGAAAAGAAGAUCGAGCUUUUCAUCUUUCUCCUUCUCUAGAACCCGAAAACUCAAUCUCCCUACCUUCUCUGGAUCUCUCACUUGGGACUGCGGAACGUGAGCCAGCAUCAACUGCCUCACAGGACAGAACCAAGGAACCGAAAGACGAGAUCAAUCCAUCAAAUGGGCUAUCUCCAAUGCUCGUACCGGGUAUUUUUCCGUCUUGUGUCCCUCUCAACUACAAAUUAUGGUUCCCGACGGCUUCGACUUCCCCUCUGGGGCAAGGAUACGGCCUAGAAGCUACCACUCAGCAUCAGGUUCUGAAACCAAACCCGGGUUUCAGCAAGGAACGAGCCAAUGUGGAUCAGUUGGUCGGAAUGUUGCAGCUUCGUAUUGGAGAAGCAGAAGGAAACAAACGCGAGCCAUCUUCGGCUUUUCACCCGAAUGGUUCGGACUUGAAUCAAGGCAACAGUGCGAUUCAAGCGCUUUGAUGACGAAUCUGUGGAAUUAGGAAUCAUAUAAUUCUCUUUGUUUCUUUUCCUUUUUUAAAAACAUGAAAUUAGAGGUCAUAUAUAUUUAUAUAUGUUCUCGUUUUUGUA